UCAGUUAAAAGCAAUAGUACAAGCCACAAGCCAGAAAGAAAAGAAAUUGAAACCCUCUCAAGUAAUAUUAGAAUAGCAGAGAAAGAUAAAGCUAUAGAAAGCAACUUUCAAAUAGGCGAAAGCAAAGAUGAAUUAGAAUACAAAGAA